GGAAUCCAUCGCCAGUCAAGUAACUGCAAUUUCUGGAAACCGCCGGAGCACCAGAAAUUGCUUGAAGCGGUACAGUGAUUGCCGCAGACAGACCAAGAAGAAGAUGGGGAUUCAGCGCCGACAUGAGACAGCUACGGGAGGUGGCCCGGCUCUCAAUCUGAAGUGGCUACCCUGGGAGGACGUUAUUAGAAGGCGCAUGAACCCUGCCAUGGUCGAAGGAGUUCGCGGAGGUGUGGACUCCAGCCGUCCUGCUGGCUUUCCCGAGGAGGAAGAACCGCCCAGAAGACGGAGGAAGGCGGGAGACCAGCCGUCCAAAAGGAGGUCUGAUGACAGACCUGCCCAGAGGACAUCACCUGCGCACAGGACAUCGCCAGCGCACGGACCGUCACCUGUGCAGCAGGCAUCGGCAGCAGCGCGCGGACCAUCAACUGCGCCGCAAGCAUCGCGAGCACACAGAUCGUCACCUGUGCGCCACAGUUCGUCAUCGCGCAGUUGGUCACCUGUGCACCAGACGACGUCAGCGCACAGACUCUCACCUGUGCGCCAGACACCGUCGGCGACCACACCACAAGAUGGGCGCCAAACUACAGCUCCUGCGCGCAGGCCAUCACCAGAUCGUCUUCUCUCCAGGAGCUCUGGGACUGUGACUGAAGAGCCUCAAGACACAACCCUUGUGGACCCAUCACCCGAUCUGUUUGAGUCUACAGGGUUAACUGACGAAACUUUUCUUGGGUUUGAGGACAGCCGUGCAGAUGUAUCCAGCCAGACCCUUGAAAAGUCUUCCGAAACGAGGACAAGUGGAGCUCCUGGAGCAGCGGCAUCACAGGAUGGAGAAGUGGUGCCACGAACCAGCAGCGGACUAGCUUCGGGGAUUGGUUCGUACUUCAGGCCGGAUCUCCUCCUACAGGAGUCGUCAGAGGAUGGCGAGGUGGAAGUGCAGGACGCUCCAGUUGCUACAUCCCUGCCUGCCCAAAUGCAUGUGGUGGCAGACAUCCAGGAAGGGCAGAAUCCCUCAAAUGUUCAGAGGGUUCACACCCUGGCAUCAGAGAUUGGGACACGCCAGGAUACAUACACAAAUGUUGUGGGAAGCAGACUGGACAACAUUGAGAGGACAAUGGAGAAAAUGUCCAACAGUCUACAUGAACUGCAGAAGACUCUUUCCGACAGCACGGCCACAAUACUACAGAUCAUACUUGAAGAUCAUAGGGAGAAUAGGAACGUACUUAACAUUAUGUCCGAUUCCUUGGUCAAGCUUGUGGAAAACACCACAUGUUUGGCAGAAAGUAAUAAGAACAUGUCGGAUAGUCAUCGACACUCCGCUUCCAGCCAACAGGUCAUGGCAACCACACUGCAGAUGAUCUAUGAAAAGCUCCCAGUACCAGCUCAUCAACACGCUGGUGAUCCACCAUAUCCGCCGUCGCAAGCCACAAGGACGCAUCGUACCCUUCCUCGAGUCCCAUCCCAGUACAGUCAGUCACAGAUGUACCAGGGAUAUACAGGGAUGUACCCCACCCCCCAGAUGCCUCCACCACCGGCCGCACAAUCUUCAGCAGCAUGGGCACCGAGGGCCAGUCAACAUACUCCCCAGCCUCCCAGGACAUCCACGCCCUAUCAGGGGGAAGAAGAGGAUCCGGACAGACUUCCACCAUAAACCCGGUCGUAUUAUUUUAUUUUCUUUAAAAUGUUUUUCAUGUAUCCCUGUCUUCCCCUCCCAUUAGUUUGUUGUUUUUCUUACUAUUGUUUUUUCUUUGUUGGCCUUCCCCACCCGUGACCGGGUACUACCAAGGAGCUUUGUGUAGGCAUACAUGCGCGGGCAUGUAUGCGGGCGCGUGUGGUAACGGAUGAAAGCUCCUUGCGGCUACAUGUAUGAUGGGCCAAAGAGCUAUUCUGAUACCCCCUUUUUCUUCCAAAAAUCCUUUUUGUAAUGAUGUACAGUAGACUUUCAUUGUGUGAAUUUACUAUUCACUAGUCUGUGUUUUUUACUUAUUCAUAGGAUUGAUGAGGAAAAAUGAAGUGGACGGCAUAAGUUUGUGUUGAGCGU